GUUUGGGAUUGGAUUGGUCAUAGAAAUAGGACUUGGUUUUGAAUGAAGUGUUUAGGUCUUAAUCUGUUGGCUGUUGCCAUUUAAUUUUUAGUCAGCCUGUGGACAAGGUACUGCAUUAUGGAUUUAUCUAAACGUAUGAUGACCUAUUUUAUUUUUGCCUAUUUUAUUUCUUUAUGAACGGGUCAGGAUUAACUGGUGAGUGGUUUACUAGGACGAAGUAAAAACCAUGAUGCUUUUCAAACUUAUCACCUUAGGCUUGCUUCUUGCUUUGUUUAUUCAGCCAGCAUGGACUUUCAUUGAUGGACUUUAUUGUGGCAUGAACAACUGUUAUGAUGUCUUGGGUGUUACAAGAGAUACACCAAAGAGGGAAAUAGCGUCCAAGUAUCGUCAGUUGGCGAGAAAAACUCAUCCAGAUUUGUUCAAAACGGACGAAGAAAAGGAAAAAGCUGCAGAGAAGUUCAGAGAGAUAGCUACAGCAUACGAGAUUCUCAAGGAUGACGAGUCCCGCACCGACUAUGACUACAUGCUGGACAAUCCGGACGAGUUCUACAGUCACUACUACCGCUACUACCGGCGCCGGAUGGCCCCGCGGGUGGACAUUCGUAUUGUGCUGGCCGUCACCAUCUCCAUCAUAUCCGGCAUCCAGUACUUCACCUCCUGGACCCGGUACGACUCUGCCAUCCGGUACCUGGUCACCGUGCCCAAGUACCGGCUGCGCGCGCAGCAGAUCGCCAAAGAGGAGAAGCUGCUCGACCACUUGAAGAGGAACAAGAAGAUGAGCAAGGACGACGCGCGCCAGGAGGAGGAAAAGAUCCUCCGAGAGAUUGUCCGGGACAGAAUGGAUAUCCGGGGCGGCUACGCCAAGCCGGAGUGGACGGACGUGCUGUGGGUGCAGCUGGUGCUGCUGCCCUACACGCUGGCCACCUGGGUGUACUGGUACGGCCGCUGGUUCUGGAAGUUCACCCUGCUCGGGCACGAGUACGGCACGGAGGAGAAACUCUACCUGAUCCGGCGCAACAUGGGCAUCUCGCGCACACAGUUUGACGCGAUGGAGGAGCACACCAAAGAGGACUACCUAGAGAUGGAGCUGUGGAAGAAGGACGAGUUCGCCGAAUGGAAGCGGCAGCAGGAGGAGGAGCUCAAACUCAAACUGGCCAACAGCGCCCAGCACAAGCAGUACCGGCGGUAUAUGAAGAACCACGGGCCCGGCCGCAUGUACUUUGACGACUCAUAGGUGGUCGUCGCCGCCUCGCCGCUGCCCCAACGCCCUCCCCGGGGCAGCCGGUGGACACACUAGGUACGAAUUAACCGAUAGUGAAGUAAUGCCACGUGCUGGCUGGUUGUCCAUGACAAGUAAUUUUAUCCCAGCCGGCUCUUGCUUUUUUGUGCGUUGGAGUUUCUGAUAUUUUAUGCUGCGUUUCCUGUUAAAGCAAAUAUGUCCAGUACCAACAAACAUUCGGUUUCCUUUUUUGGCUGUCCCUUUUGUGCAGUCGCUCUUUUUGUGGACCAGCAGACUCCCGCGUUUGCCAAACAGCGGUGUGUGUUCCUCCCUUAGAUUAGACAAGUUGAAAAGCAUAUAAGCCGUGUCGCCCACCGACACCGCUCACGUCUACAAUCUACACCCAGUAGAUGACCAGGUAGGAUAUGUCCUUCAACCUGCCGAGAAGACGUACCGUGAUUACAACCGAAGCCAUAAGAAGCACAACUGUCAGUGAUGAGCGAGUCGAUUGGCCCAGUCAAUAUGUCCACCUCCCACCAUGUAGUUUAGUGUGGAUCGCGCGACCGCGGUGUACAGGGUACCAUAUAGUCCCACCCAUCGGCUGGCGUCCCACAACACGCGUGGACCGGUGAAUGACGCGUCCGUGACAGUCUGGCUCGCCUAGAUCGGCUGAAGGGUCGUGCAAUUGGGGAGUGUCUCAGUGUUGCUCUCUCUCUUCCGCGAACUGUUUCUGCAGCCUUCACUCGCUAGGCAUUGUGCAAUGGAGAGGGUCACCCGUUCUUCUAGAAGUAUGAACCUGUUUAUGUUGAGAGCGCAGCUCUUUCUGUUCUUGUGAAUGGCGCAAUAGGUGUCGGACAUGUUAAUUCAGAAAUGAAUUAUGGAUUUGAAAGCCGCUGACAGACGGCCGAACUAACGAUCAAAGUAUUGUCCAUCUACUUAGUGCAGAGCAUGGCGUGCUGAGAUCCGCGGUGGAGCGUGGAUUCAGACAGUGGUUGAAGACUGUGAGAGUAGCGUUCUGCUGAACCGCCCUGUCUGACUGCCUAUACUAGGCUCAUUGUGGUGUAUAUGGAGUUGUGGGAAGGAAAGUAGUCGGACCCGUUUUAUAAACGCAGUCUUAUGCCAGCCAUGCGACAGAUUCGCACGACCCUGUCUCGCUUGUCGGUAGUGCUAUCCAAAACCGUUCUCGAUGGCUCCGAUUACGGUUUUAGCUGUCAAACUGCUGAUUCUCUUCGUCAACACCGAGAAUAUUGCAGUGCUGAUAUCGCCGACCAGGGUCGCGACUGCUCCCGCGUGACUGUGCUGCCGUGCUCCCCUCCCGGGGCGAACGGUGUGUCGAGACUGACAGAUCUGUGCGGCCCAGCGCCGACUAUUUUUGUGCAGAGUCGUGUGCAGUGUCCCAAAAUUUGCCAGUUUGGGCGGGAAGUAACAUCCAAAUCAAAAUAAUUUUCCACUCUCACCUCCAAUUUUCCAGAGCGAUUUUUCACUCCCUAGUUUACCAAUUAAGAGCAUAUGCGUGCACUUUGUACCUCCCUCCAUAUUCGAUUCAAUGAUCUUUUAAGGCAGCUCCCACAUCCUGCAACACUCACAAAUUAAUUGUUGGUAUCUGUUUUUUGCUCUUUUUUGUACUCUUCUAACUGGCAAUUUCCACUCUCAGCCCUCUUUAUAGUGACGAAUAUUCCCCUCUGACACCCAAGCCAAAAUAUAAUUUUGGGACACUGGUCGUGUGGGCUAGAGGGACAGGCGUGGGGCGAGAGUGUGCUGAAGAGACUGGGGACGGGGUGGUGCUUUUCUGGUGUUUGGCAAUAGUUCGGGACAGUGUGUGCGCGUGUUUGUUCUAUGGAUUGAACGGCCCAGCCCGCACUGGGCACUUCCAUCGUAUAGAUGUAAUUAUUUGGCUGGACGUUGAUGUGUGUGUUGGGUUCUAUUUAAUUGCAUUUGCAACUACAUUUCCAUGCUCCACAUAUGUCAUAUGUGCUCGCCUGUAUUUUUACCGGACUUGUGUAAUGUGUCAAGCUUCUUGGAGAUGUGCAUGUAUUGAGUGGAUCUGCGUGGGAGCGUUGUUCUGAUUUGGGGCAUCUGGCUUCCCAUGUUUCCAGGCCCUCAGUGGCCGCCUCGUCGUUCUCCUGUCUACCUGUCAUUCUUCGCUGUCAACGUGUCUGGUAAUAGAUACGUUGAUGAUUCCAGACACGUGUCUGGAAUCGUGUCUGGUAAUAAAAUAUGUGUUGGGG